CUGCGCUCAGGGAAGCCUCGGACUUUUUAUGAAAUUGGCAAGUUUCACAGACAGUUCGUCCAUCCAGAACUUCGAAGCGCUCAUGGAGACGAUCACCCAUUAAUAGCCUCAGCACGCGACUGAAGUCAUUUAUAUUCAAGCUGACUGGAAAGUAUGGGAAAAUGGCAGUUAACAAUGGACCCAGUGCAGGAGUGGGGAGAAGAAAUGGAGGAAGGGGUGGUGUAUGGCGUGACCCUUCUCAGGGAGCCCACGCCGGCAUCCUUGCCUACAGCCAACGUGCCUGACGCCUCCUCCACCCAGAGCUGCAUGCAGUACAGAACCCUGAAGGCCCGGCGUGUGAAGGCAGCCGGCCUGGAGCGUCUGGUCUCUGAGCUGGUGAAGCCGGACUGUGAGGACCCGGACUAUGCCCGGAUCUUCCUCUCCUCCUACCGGGCGUUCACCAGUCCCAGCACCCUCAUCCAGCUGCUGUUCCGCAGGGAAGAUAUUAUCACCGAUUUGGACAACAGUGUCUGUGUGAAAAGCACUCUGCCUCUCCUGGUGCGGCUGUGGUUGGAUGAGUUUUGGGAAGAUUUGAGAGAAUCUCCAGAGCACCAGCCCCUCCGCCUUCUCUGUGUUCACCUGCGUCACCGCCUCUGUUUCCGACGCCUCGCUCGCCAGGCAGAAGCUCUUCUCCAAACCUUUAAGGAGGAAGACAGGCAGGCUGGGAGUGAGGCGUCCAGCGUCAGCAGCGCUCCUGUGGGGGACAGACCCAGUGGAGACGCACCCACCAGGGAGUUCAAGGAGGAGGGAGGCUUUCUCAGUUUCUCCACACGUGAUAUUGCUGAGCAGCUCACGCGAUUGGAUGCCGAUCUGUUUGUGCGGGUGGUCCCGUUCCACUGCCUUGGCUGCGUUUGGUCACAGAGGGACAAGAAGGAGAACCGCAGCCUGGCGCCGACGGUCCGCGCCACCAUUGCUCAGUUCAACAGCGUCACCAACGCGGUCAUCACCUCCCUGCUGUCCCCCCCCACCAGCUCCACGCCUGACUCCCCCCACGUGCAGAGAUUGCCGAUCUCUCCACGACUGUCCCCGUCACCCCAGCACGCUGCCACCAGACCCAUGCAUAGGGCACGGAUCAUAGAGAAAUGGAUCUCUGUGGCACAGGAGUGCCGUCAGCUGAGGAACUUCUCCUCUCUGCGUGCUAUCCUGUCAGCUUUGCAGUCCAACGCUGUAUAUCGCCUGAAGAACACCUGGGCAGCAGUCAGCAGAGAGAGCUUGGUCAUCUUUGAUCACCUGUGUGAAACCUUUCCUGAUGAAAACUGUGUUCUGACCACCAGAGAGUUCUUGGUGGAGAGUGGCAGCAGUGGGGAGGUGCCUUACCUGGGCACGUACCUGACCGUACUUACCAUGUUGGACACAGCACUCCCAGACACCGUGCAGGAUGGUCUGAUUAACUUUGAGAAGCGAAGAAGAGAAUUUGAGGUUCUGUCUCAGAUUCGGCAGCUGCAGACAUCAUGUGCUCUCUACUGUCUCCCAUCUCACCCUGUUAUCGCCUCCUGGCUCAACAGCUGCAAUACCCUCACUGAGCAGCAGAGUUAUGAUCUGUCCGUAAAGCUGGAGCCUCCAGUGGAUGUGUGUCCAAACUCUCCCCCCACCUGGAGCCAGCGGCUUAUAAGCAGGAAACUUUGCUUGUUUCUGAACAGCAGUGACAGCACUCCGAAGAAGACUCAUGUAGACCAGAUCAGUGUGUCGUCCUCGGGGUCCAGUGGCGUUGAGGUCGAGGAGCUUUCAUCUCUGAGCUCUUCCCUCCGACCCAAAUCACAGUCUGGAUCCUGUGUGAACAUCUCUGCAGACUCUGGUUGCUCAUCUUCACGGUGCUCCUCCCCUGGUUCCUGCACCUCCUGCACCUCUUCUCAGCUGGACCUCUGCGUCAUGAGCUCUGAUGGUGCAUCUUCUAACCCAUUGUCAUCAUGCACAUCCUCUUCCACCUCCUGCCUCCCCCAGCAGCCUCCCUGCUAUAAGCAGGGCCCAGACUCCUACGUCAUCAGGGUCAGCCUGGAAAUUGACAGUGGCAAUGUCUACAAAAGUAUUCUGAUAACAAGUCAGGACAAGACGAGUCAGGUAGUGCAGAGAGCUCUGGACAAACACAACUUGGAGGACCUGAGCUGCCAUGACUUCAGCCUCGUACAGAUCCUGCCACAAGGAAAAGAGCUCUGGAUGCCAGACAAAGCCAACGUAUUCUAUGCCAUGUACCCCUCGGACAAUUAUGACUUUGUGCUUCGCCAGCUUUGGAGAAACCACAGCCAAGCACAAAACCCAUGCUGCAGUCCUGCAGCCACGCCCAGAGGCCGUCAUGUUAAGUGAUGACACCAUCUCUGGCCUGGAAGACUCACCACAAUGGGGGAUAUUAAUGGGUGCAAGCCCACUUUAGAAUACUGACUGAUGAAGGCCUCCACCAUCACUAAGCUGUUAGAACCACGCCAAGUUCUGGAGAUCGGUUUUAUACAAGAAACGUCCCUCACUAACACUCCUCUCACAGAUGCCUGUAGAGUAUUACUGCCUUCUAUGUAAGCUUGCAGAGUCAUAGUCUGACACUAAAAAAAAAAAAUCACUUUUAAAACGUUUUCUCUUUAACGGUAUGAAGGAUGUAUAAACCUGCACAGACCAGUUUUUUGUUUUUUUCCCUCUGGAUUCCAGAGGAAUCCAUUGCGUCCAGUAAAUUUCAGUGUUGCUCGUAAACAGAAACAGGAGAAAUAUUUAUUUGGAUAUCUACAUGUAUAGUAUUAAUAACACAGAGGUAAUAUAUAAUUUUUUUUAAAUGAAUGAGGAUAUUUUUACUGUAGAAUUGUCUGUGUAUAUACAAUUGCUAUAGUUCAGUGUUAGCUUUAAGAUUAUUUUUAACAGCAGAGAAGUAAUUUUAUUUAUUUUAAUCAUUGAAUUUUAUUUAUUUUAAUCAUUGAAUCAUUUAUUUAUUUUAAUCAUUGAAAACACACUUUUCCUGUGUUGUACUGUAUCACAUCCAGUUGUUUGGAGCUCCCUUUCUCUGACCACCACAAUGUUAAUUAAAGAUGCCAUAAUUAGUCAUCUUUAAACUUCAUGAAAGCACAACAAAGCCCAUAACCACUAGUUAUAUGGAAUGUUGCACAGAGAAUUGAAGCCUCUUCGAAUGGGUCAUGUCUGUGAAUGCCCUCUGCUUAUGCUGAGGUUUGGACUAGGGUAAGACCUGUUCCAACAGAGUAAUAUAGAUACAUCUAGCAGUCUCCUACAUCAGGAAGGAAGCUCAAACAUCUGCUUAGUGUGCCUUUAACAGUUGCUUCCUUUGCCUUAAAAGG